GUUACCAGAACCUGAUGUGUGUGUGGACUGUCUCUGUCCUCCAGCUUUGUUUUGUCUCUUUGUCUUUUCAGACCUCCAACAGGAACCGGUCCACAAGACAUGGAUCCUCACGCAAAGGAGGAACUCCAACCUGGACCAGGAGAAACCGGUACCAGAACCUCCACAGUUUGAGGACCAAGAGGAACUAGAACCUUCACAAUUUGAAGACCAGGAGGAACCAGAACCUCCACAGGUCAAAGUAGAGGAUGAGGAGCUCUGCACCAAUCAGGAGGAAGAUCAGCUCCACCUGAAGCAGGAGACUGAUCCGGUUCUGGUGACUGAUUUAUAUGAAGAAAGUGAACCAGAACCAAACAAGGAGCAGCUCAUCUCUCAGAGUUCUGCUGGACCUGAGGACCAGGAUCAGGCUUUAGGGUCAGAUGAGAAGAUGGAUCACAMAGAGRGUCAUCAUGGUAACCAAACAGGCCAAUCAGCAACAUCUGAGAGGUUGUUUUCUUGUCUAAUCUGUGGAGAAACCUUUUUAAAGAACUCCCUUUUGAUCCAUCAUAUCAGGGUCCACAAAGUCUGGAACCAKGACUCUGAUAAACUGAUGUAUUGUUGUCCCACCUGUGGGAGAGAGUUCUCUGCCUAUAGUCACUUAGUGGUCCACAUGAGAACCCACACGGGGGAGAAGCUCUUUCUCUGCAGGUUUUGUGGAAAGAACUUUACCACCAGUUGGAACUGUAAAAACCACAUGAUGACCCACACAGGAGAGAAGCCGUUUCCCUGUAAAACCUGUGGGAAAUGUUUCAAACAAACCUCCUGUCUGACGGUGCACAUGAGGACGCACACGGGCGAGAAGCCGUUCUCGUGUCAGUUCUGUAGAAAACAGUUCAUCUCCAGUGGGGACUGUAAGCGACACGUGAUGACCCACACAGGAGAGAAGCCMUUCUUCUGUAARACCUGUGGGAAAUGUUUUAAUAGAAACUCACAUCUUAAAACUCACAUGA